AUGUCGGCGAUGAUGUUCGCGCCGGCAAAGAAGACCCGCGACCGUUUCUUCGUGGGCCGUGCGGAAAGGCAACCCGUGUUCCCGGAUCUCGUGUGCAAAUUCGGCGCCCGAGCCGAACCCAUAGUCAAGCAGGCGCCGGCCCAAGUGCUCAUGGCGCGUGCCAAAUCCACGCCCGACCUGCUGAGAGGUCAAACCAUCAAACCCGACGAUUGCUGGUUACGAGACGCCCGCAAAAGCCUGCGCAGUGUUCAGCGGUCGGAUCAGCUCCAGCAACCCGCAGAAGCAGAAGUCGACUUGCGUCGGGUGCGAGUCACGUUACGUCAUUGGGCGGCCGCGAGCCCGCCGCCCACGGGCCGCUCUGUCGGCGGCCGCUUUGUUAACCCGGACCCCCGUCGACCCCUGCACAAAUCCAUGGACGAUUUACUGUCGGAACCCAAGGAACCCCCGGAAGAAGACAUGGAGUUCCGGUCGCCGCCCGGGUCGGACUCGGGCGUGAGUGACGUGGACUCGUCGUCCAAGCCCGGUCAGGCCGACGCGAAAGACGGCUGGCGGAGUAGCGGGACGGCCAGUCCGGACGCCUUUCUCGACUCGGGACGCCUUUUGCGCCGUUUCGUGCGUCCGUCUCUCAAGGAACGCUUUGCGGAUUUGCAGACCAAACUAGAAACUCAGCUAGUGUCGUCUCACUGGACGCCUCCGUCAUCUCUCGUGCUCACACGGCAAACCAGCCAGCAAUCAUCCAUGGGGUCGCCGUCACCAUUAACAGCUUCUCCUCAACCUGGGUUCCAAAGCUUGAGGUUUCCUCCCCCGCCUCCCCCAAUCACAGGGGAUAGUCAAAUCAUGAUCGGAAUGAACAGCGUAGGCGGUCCUCCAACGCCACCGCCUCCUCCACCACCACCACCGCCGCCACCCCCGCUUCCAACCGGGUUUUCGAUGGGAAAUAGACCUAAUCAGCAGAUGAAUGGACUUCGCGGGGAUCACGAACGAGGAAGCGGCAUGCCGCCACCGGCGAUUCAGAGCGCCAUGGCCAAGGAUAAGAAGCCAUUCACUUACACGCCAGCCGGGAUCGACUUAUCGGAGAUUAGGUCUCCACGGAUGGCGAAACGGAUCCAGAAGAACGCGAUGGCGGAAGGCACGGCGCCUCCGCCACCGCCACCACCUCCUCCACCGCCAUCAGCAGGACCUCCGCAGCAAGCAGUUUCGUCGCCUGGAGUUGCUGAUUAUAUGCCGCCACCACCGAUGGUGAAACUACCGGCUUUCGCGCCGCCGAAACCUGGCGAUUUCCCUCAGUUGAGGCCAGCUAGCAGCAGAGUGCAGCCAGGGUCACCGCGAGUGGCGACACCUGUGUCACAGGAAACGUCGGCGGAGGGCGUUGGUUCAAUUUAUAUUCCACCGGUGAUGCAAAGUCCAGUAGAGGCGUCACUGAAGACGGCACCACUGCCAUGGAUGAAUUCCAACAAAGCGCGCCAGAACACAACUGCACAGGCGCAGCCAACGUGGCAGAGCCAGCAACAAACUGUGCGUUCUCCACAAUCGGCGCCACCGCCGCCUCCGCCGCCGUCGUCGUCGACAACACGAAUCGUGCCUAUACAAGUGGAAGGGAAUGAGUGCCCUGCUGCAGAACAGUACCACCGCCAGGCUCGCGAAUUGGCCCAAGGAGUCGACCACAUGUCCGUUAGCGGUGGAGGACAAACGAUGGGCGAUCCAGUACAGUCCAGGUCCUUCCGAGUGCUGCAAAAACUCACUUCUGAAGAAGCUCCGGAUGGUGGAGCUUAUGGGAUGACGAUGGCACCUUCUGGGCAACGGAAAAUGGAUCUUUCGGAAGACGAUCGUCGUUUGAUGAACCACGUCAGGGAAAAAGUGAAUGACGAGAACUACUUACACGAUGAAACGGAUCCGCGGUACCGCGGCGCGUACAUCCCGUCUCGGGCUUUCCGGAUGCUGCAAGACAUGACGAGCGAUGACGGUGGAGCUUAUGGGAUGACGAUGGCACCUUCUGGGCAACGGAAAAUGGAUCUUUCGGAAGACGAUCGUCGUUUGAUGAACCACGUCAGGGAAAAAGAAGCGUCCAGUGUGACAGUGCCCCAAACGCACUGGCGGUCGGACACCAGCCAGACCCCGUCGCGGUCCUUCCGAAUGUUGCAGCAGAUGACAGCGACUGAGCCGAGACUCGUCCGACAGCAGCAGCACGAGCUGCACGCGGCGUCCGUGCCAGUGAACCGCGGACCGCCGGCGAUCCGUGGCACUCAACAGCCGCUGCAUCGUCACACGGCGUCCCUCGUGCGGGUUCGCGACGAGUCGGAGCCAGAGGCGACGGAAAUCCGCUACCGCGGCGCCUGCAUCCCGUCCCGCACGUUCCAGUACCUGCAGGAACACCCUGACACGGCCCCGUCAGUCUUCUGCAAGAAACAGCACCCCUUGAACCAGCUGGAAGCAUUGCGCAAGCACUAGCCUGCUGCCGGCGAAGUGCUUCCCUGCUGCAUUCUGUCCCUCAUGCUUAUCCUGCUAUGCACUCCUGUGGACAUACGCCCGGACAGUCCGACCUUUGAGCUGAAGGACGACGGGGACCUUUUAUAGGCGGAAAACAAGGAGAAAAUGUAUAUAAUAACCGGAUCCGUAUUCUACGAUCAACACCGGACAAUCGCUUCCCUGUUUACAUCAAUACCCGUGUAUGAGAGAUGAUUUCCUGAGCGAAUGAAUGAUGAUGAGGGCACCCAUCUAUGUGAUUAUUUUUUGCCGACGCGUCGCUGCACAUAUUUUAGUGUUCCAGUGAAUGCAUGAACCCCUUUUUCUUGGUGUUUUGUGAGGUUUCAAAAGAAGAGCUUGGCUUGAAGGGUGGACACUAUGAAAGAAAACUUUCCAGGAUUGAAAGUAUCGACUUUUCAAAAGGCUUCGCGAAAUAGACAACUCAUGAAGGGCCUUAAAUCCUGGAUGAAACUCUUCCGUCUUAAGCCUUAUUCUCGUGCAAUGAGGCGAUUGGCACACUGUGGGUUGCGUUGUACUACAUUUAAUUCUGGAAGAUGAGAUUAAACCAUAGCUUCACGCUGCUUCAUUUCUGGAACAAUUUUCGGAAGAAAAAAAAACGUAGGGCGCUGAAAAACGUGUGAUCAUUGGAAAAUCUAAUCAUGUGUCCUAUCCUUUUCAAAGUAGAUGCGAGUUGAUUUGACCAGUGGGUUCGAGCGAAACGAAUUUCUUUUCCUGGCUCGCGAAUUGAUAUUAACUUCAAAUUUGCUGUCACGAACUUGACGAGUAAGCUUGCAAGGCUCAAACCAGUAACUUCAUGACGAGCUGGGUUUAAACAGAAAUUUGACCUCGUCCUCUGUGUCAGUGUGGAAAGAACGCUUAUUGGGGCCUUGAAAUUUGUUUUCGUCGUAAUAUGCUACAAUAAAUCCUCUCCAAAAAUCAAGCGGAGAGUUGAAAGACGUGUUUGAAUUGUUUGAAAGAGCGUGUGAACAUGACGAUCGAGUUCCGAUGUAUGCGAGUAAAUUUGUUAUAACACGCGGAAUUUUCUUGUGAAGAAUGAACGCUCGGCCUUCGAGUUUCAUAAA